UAUUCCAGGUUGCUUAACCAGGCCAGCCUGGGAUGUAACAGUUAACUUUAUCAUGAAAAAGUUGUUUGAAAAUAUUUUACUAAAUUUUUUUUCUUACUUAUUAAAGUUUGUAUGUGCUCUCACAUUUUUUCUUUGGUAUUUUUUACUGUGGUUUUUUGUUUGGAGGCAGUCUGAUGCAACAGAUUUGCCAGUUAUUUAAGCAUUAGAAGUGACUGUCAUGUGAUACUGUAAGUGUGGGAAAGAUUCAUGACUUAGUAGAAUUUCUGUUGCUAUGUGCCCGUGAUUGGUGGAUUUUUCUAUGUGUACUGUUUUGUCAUUGGUCAUAAUUGUAAGCUGCUCUGUGAUUAGUUAUUGAUGGCAUCACGAAUGCAGUUUUUUCCUGUGGGCAAGAAGCUGGAGUCGUAGGUCGCAAUGUUUAAGGGGAGUUUUAAUGCUCUAUCUUCACAAGGUGUCUAGUGACCGGGAAAGCCGGGAAUUGUACGGAAAUUAUAACUGCCAGGAAAAAUCCGGGAAUUGUAACAGGAAUUUUUCAUAAAUCCGGGGAUAAAAACAAAGUUUUAUUAAAACGUGUUAUGCUGCAUUUCAUUUCUGGAUCAUCAUCGCUGACCAACAAAUACCGUUAAAAACUAUCAAUAAGUUUUAAGUGGGACGCGAGUCUUCACAGGUCCAUGCGGCGCCCGGAGACAGCGCGAUAGACUUGGCAACACUGCUUGUGUGACUCACCCACGCGAGCGCACGCACACACACCAGUUCACAAUCUCUCGUUCAGACGUCUGGCGCCGUCUAACAGCAUUCUGCCGCCGUUUUCCGCUAUCCAGUGUUUGUGUUUCGUUGCAAUGCGUGUAUGUGGAUUAUUAAGUAUUUACAGUAAAACGGACUUGAAAUGGCUCGUCGGGUGAGAGGGAAAAUUUCGUUUCAAACGGAUUGGAAAGUAGAAUUCCCUUGGGUUGAAGACAUCAAGGAUGAUCGUCACUCUGCUAGGUGUGCAGUCUGUGGGACUACUUUUUCCAUUACUUCCAUGGGAAGAACAGCUCUUACAAGCCAUGCCAGUGGAAACAAGCAUAAGAAAAAUGUGAGUAGUGUAGAUAAGACAGCGCCAAUUCAAAUUUGGGCUACUACAUCUGCCCCUGAAACAUCUAAAGCAUCUGAACCUUCACCUUUACCAUCUUCAUCUGUAAUUCAACCUUCGUCAGCUGCUGUUAUUCCUGGUGCGAGUAUGAAUCUACCUGCUGAAGAUUCGUUAAUCCCGAAAUCUGCUUCUACAACCCGCUGUUUGGAUAAUUUUCUUCUUAAAGACGAUGUGACUCGUGCCGAAGCUUUGUGGUGUCUUGAAACGGUGAUGAAUCAUAACUCCUUACGCAGCGCUGCUAGUAGCGUAAACAUGUUCAAGCGAAUGUUUCCCAACGAUCGUGUUGCAAACAAUAUGAAACUUCAAAAAGAUAAAAUUUCAUAUGUCAUAGUUUAUGGACUUGCUCCUUAUUUUUAUGAUAAGUUGAAAAGUGUUUUGAAAGAGUGUGAACAUUUCGUGUUGGGUUUUGAUGAGAGUGUGAACAAAAUUGCACAGAAACAACAGAUGGACUUGUCUGUCAGAAUUUGGGACUCAAAUGUAAAUAAAGUUAUGUGUAGGUAUGUAACAUCCAUCUUUUUGAAUCACGCUACAGCUGAAGAUCUCUUACAAGCCAUGAAAACUGGCUUGGAAGGAUUUGACAUGAUGAAGAUUAUCCAAUUAUCAAUGGAUGGUCCUAACGUAAAUUUCAAAGUACUUAGGCUUUUACAGCAAGACAGCAGAUCUGACCCAGAAUCCCCACAGUUACUAGAUAUUGGUUCUUGUGGUUUACACACAGUGCACAAUGCCUUUAAGACAGGCAUCAAGAAAUCUGGUUGGGAGAUAAUUGAGUUUCUUAGAGCCCUUUACAAUUUGUUUAAAGAGGCUCCAAGUCGACGAGGAGACUAUACAGAGGCUUCAAACUCACACGUGUUUCCUUUGAGGGUUUGCUCAAUUCGUUGGAUUGAAAAUGGCAAAGUAGCGAGGAGAGCAAUGGAAAUAUUGCCACUUGUUGAAAAAUAUGUCAACAUAGUCAAAACCACAGCAAAGGAACCAUCUUGUAAUAGCUUUUCUGUUGUAUGUAAAGCCCUGCAAGACAAACUCCUGCAAGCGAAAAUAGCUUUCUUUGAGGCACUGGCAAGUGACGUUGAACCAUUUUUGGUAGAAUUCCAGUCUGAUUCUCCAAUGGCACCAUUUCUUUUCGAUAGUUUGACAUUUAUUGUAAUGACUGCUAUGAAAAGAAUUGUGAAAACCGAGAUUAUUGAGAAAACUCCUCUUCACAAAAUUGAUGUUUUCAAACAGAAUGCAAAUAAGACUUUUGUAAAUCUCAAGGAUGUGAAACAUGUUGAGCUUGGUUACAGUACCCGUGCAGCACUAAGGAAGUGUAAGAAUGCCUCUGAGAAAGAUAUUUUAAUUUUCAGAAAAGAGUGUCGGAAUGUCCUGCAAUUUUUUGUGAGUAACUGUUGCUGAAGUCUCCUCUGAAGUAUUCUCUUACCAAGGCUCUUACUUUUUUGAACCCUUAUCAUAUUUCUUCCAAAGAUAGUUGUGUAAAACAACUUACUACUGCUCUUGACCACCUCCUUACGGCCAAUCUUCUGCCAGCUAGCACUGUUGAAAGGGCUGAUAGAGAGUACAGGUUUCUUUGCUCGCAAUCAAAUGUCAUUGAAGAAAUGAAAACCUACUCUAAGUCUGAAACUCGCUUGGAUACCUUCUGGGUGCAGCUUAUAGAAGGAAAGAAGGAAUAUGAGAACCUCUUUAAAGUAGUCAAACUACUUUUAAUUUUGUCUCACGGCAGUGCUAACAUCGAACGAGGAUUUUCAGUGAACAAAGAAAUUUUAGUCGAAAAUCUGAAAGAACCAUCACUCAUAGCCCAGCGUCGUAUUUUUGAUUUUGUUAGUAAUGAGCCGGGUGGACUGAUGAAGCUAGACAUUCCUAAAGCCAUGAUUCAUGCAGUGAGGAAUGCUUAUUCCAUGUACAGUGAGGCACUUGCAGAGCAGCAGUGUGCAAAUAAGAAAAUUUUCAAGCUAGCGGAAGAAAGAAAACGUGCAGCUACUGAGAUCAAACAGCUUGAGGCGAAGAAACUCAUGUUGCUUGAGGAUGUACAGCGUGCAGUAUCUGCCAUCGAUGAGAAGGUGAAAGAUCUUAAAAAAUAGUAUAGGGCUGUGUAUUGCAUGACACUAUACAGUUAAACUUCUCACAGUUUUGUACUAGUGUGACUAUGGACCAAACAAGCUGCAAGACAAUUACUAUCGAACCAGGACAAAUGAAAAAUUCCAAUGUUUUAAUAAUGAAUUUGAAGUUCCAACAUUUCCAGUGAGAAGGUAGGCCUGCAUAUGUCUUUGAUGUUUAUAGCAUCUUUAGAUGAUCAUUUUGUUAAAAUGCUUUUUCUCAUUACAUACAGUAGUAAUUUAGUAAUUUAUUGCAUUUGUUCAAUUUUGCAUGUACUAUCAUGAUUUUGGGGUAAAAUUUUAUCGCGUAUGAUUUACAUGUAUUCUUUUCAUUUUUGAUAUGUACAGGAAUGUACAGGAAUUGUACAGGAAUUUUUUCUGAUCAUUUCCCUAGACACCUUGCUUCACAAUGUUAAAUUCCAUAACUUCAUGUUCUUUUUUCUCAGAAACUACUUUAUGGAACAGAUUGAAAUUAGCUCACCAUAAUCUACUAUGGUUGUUUAGUACUUUAACAUAGGGGUUUCCAUUUAUUAUUGUUGUAAAAAUAAUUAUAAUUUUAUUUCAAAAAGUCAUAAAUUUAUGUAAAUAUUUCUGAUAAAUAUUUUUUUUCCACAAAACAUAUUGUGUUUAGAGCAAUAUCCCUACGUUAAAACAUUUAAUGUAGUGUGCACAGUGCAUGGUAAAAAUUUGAGAUUUUUUGGAUUGUUAGAAGUUGAGAUAAAGGAACAAAUGCAUUGAAAAAAUGAUUUCACAGAACAUUGCAUUUUAAGUUUAUCGCGCGUUGUUUCACUAAUGCAUCCCUGAACCAUAAAAUGGAUUGUCAGGGUCUUCUUCUUGUUUUAAAAUCUCUUCUAACUUCCUCUUUGCUACGCUUUGCUUUGCUAUGGCGACAAUUUAAUCUUGGUAGCUGAUUCCCUUCCUUCAACUGUGCAGUUUUCUUCAGGUGUCACAAUUACAGCAUUUGCAUAUGCUGAAACUACUUCUGUUUUUGUUUUACCAACAUUCUUUCUCUUCUUGAAUACUCUUGAACUUAUAGGCAUUUUAUAGGCUAUAAUGUACAGUAACACUGAGAUGAAGUUGGUAUAACAGUACAAUAAACAGAAGUAAAAAAAAAUCACUUUUUGACAACAAACUCCAUACAUAACCUAAAAAAAAGGACAAUAGAAUAUUUGGAGUUUGUGAAAAUCAAUAAAGCUACAGGUUUACAAAAUUAUAAAAAUAGCAAUACUACCAGUUCAAGAAAAUUUCUUGACAGUAAUAAAUCAAACUGAAACAAAAAUUAAAUAUAUUUUUUUAUGUAUUUACUAUUUGAACCAUUAUGAUAAAAAAAAAUUUUGCACACUAACAAAAUAAUAAAUACAUACAUUAUAAAAAUUAGAAAUACAUUAUUCACAUACAAUUAAUCAAUUAAUUAAUUAUUAUCUCAAAAUCUAAAACUGAAAAAGUAGUAAAUUACUCAAAAAUAAAAACUGUAAUUUAUAUCGUGACAGCAAAAAAAUUGCAUGCAUAACCUAAAAAUUAUGUAAAAUCAUAACUGGUACAAACAAUAAAAAUCAAUAUUGAUACAAGUAUGUGAAAACAUAUAAAAGUAAAAAAAACCAACCCAGGAAAACUUCUGACUGUAAGAGAUAAAAUCUUGGAAAAUUUUUUUUGCAUUGUUAAGAAUUAAUAAACACUAUGUAUUAUAUAUCAUUUUAAACGUUAGAAUUCAGGCUAUACGAUAAAAUAAAAGUCUUGAAAUCGAUUUUUUUUUUCCAAAUUUUUUUAUUGAAACUCCCCUAGUGGCAGCUCGCCAAAUUUAAAUAAGUAUGUAGUGUUCAUAAGAAUUUCACGUCUGUGGUCUGGGCCGUGCUGAGUAACAUUCUGUCGGAUAGUUUUUCAAUUAAAAGUUUUUGACCACAGGUGGUAGCGUAGGCCCAACUAGAGCUGUUGAUAGUAAAUCGUUGGCCAUACAGACAAGGCAAUUACCUAUCAGCCCUUCUUAUGGUGAGUUCUAGCAACCAUGGAAUUUACACAUCAAAUAGUCAGGAAAGAUUGUGCCUAAGUAAUGAAUUGAGUUGUUUUCACAAGUAGAGUUGUUUUUUGGUUUCUGCAAGUUUUUUUUUUUCCAUUUACUUGUUUUUGUGGUCUGAAGAUGGCAACCAUUGUGACUUAAGAUUUUUCGUGAAGGAUUAAUAAAAACCAUUAAACAUCAGUAAUAGUUGUCAGAGAGACUUUAUUUCAAAGAUCGGUAAUCGUUAGAAACAUUUUUUUUUCUUGGAGCUUAAAUAAUAUUACAAUAUUUAAUCCAAAUUUCUCCAAAUGUUGAUGUAUGUGCAAUCUAGACCAAUUUUGAGCUAGCCGGAGGUCUGUAUUGGCAUAUUGUAAGUUAUCAUGACUUAAAUGAAAAACAUAUGGAACUGCAUUAAAAUUUGUGAGUAUAAAAUUUUUUUUUUAAAUUGCUUUGUGUACUUUAGAUUUACCCUAGAUUAAUCAAUAUCACUGGCACAGUGUUAUCUUGUCACUGAAUUUUCAAAUCAUUUUCCUCCAAACCAGUGGGAGUGUAGCUAUGGAGCUGUGUCCAUACCUGUAAGUUUGGGCACUGUAUUAAUGUGGCAAUAACAAUAUCAGCGACAACAAUAAUAAAUUUGACAUAAAAUGUUGUCUGGGAUGCAAAAUCUUUUGCUAAGCGUGUACCAAAAUUAUAAAGAAGCUAUCAGAAUGUGUGCAUUUUUACUGCUAUCAAAAGAAAUUAGUGGAAAAUAAAAAUCCUUAGUUUUAAUUUACAGAUCAUGUGAUAUUCAGGAUUUCAGUUUAUAACACUAGUUUAGCCAUACUCUUUAGAAUUAUAUCUUUUGUAGUUAAAAAAGUCAAAAUAUAUGGACAAUAUUUGUUUUAUAAAAUCAUAUGAUAAAUGUAUCAUAAAUAUUGUUUGCAAUGUUCGCAAGCAGUACAUUCCUUGUGUAAGAGAACAUUUUUUUUAUAGAUGUUCCUUAAUUAAUGUUCAUUGACAUAGAUUCUUAUUUGU